GAAGUAAUGCUGGCCGGGAGGGAAAAAAGAACAGAGGAAAAGGGGAUGAGGCUGGUGGAAGGGCAGGGAGCGCAUUCUUCGCAUGGACUGGAGAGCUGAGGCGGUGGAGUAUCUUUCUCUGGCGGGGAGCGGAAGGCGGCGGAAAAGAUGGGCUCCCAGGACGUGCUCAGGGAGACCACCCAACUGGCCUCCUCCAGCGCCCUUUUGCAGAUACUGUUCCGGCUAAUUACCUUUGGGUUAAAUGCUUUUACUCUACGAUACGUAUCAAAGGAAAUCAUUGGCCUCGUAAAUGUAAGGCUGAUGCUGCUUUACUCUACAGUUGUUUUCUUAGCCAGAGAGGCGUUCCGCAGAGCUUGUCUGAGUGGAAGCGCAAGGAGAAAUUGGAGCAAAACGUUUAAUCUUUUGUGGCUAAUAGUCCCCUUGGGUGUGUGUUGGUCUGUAUUCCUGGGCUGGGUAUGGCUGGAUAUACUUCAAAUUCCUGAUGAAAAGGCUGUUCCUCACUACAACUUUGGAGUAGUUGCCUUUGGUCUUUCUGCUGUGAUUGAACUCCUAGGCGAACCUUUUUGGGUUUUAGCCCAAGUACACUUAUUUGUAAGGCUAAAGGUUAUUGCUGAAAGUCUCUCAAUCAUUUGCAAAUGCUUUUUGACAGUUGUUCUAGUAAUUCUGUAUCCUCAUUGGGGGCUCUACAUAUUUUCUUUGGCCCAGCUUUUAUAUACCAGUGUUCUGGUAUUGUGCUACAUUAUGUAUUUCAUGAAGUUUUUGGGUUCUCCUGAAGCAACCAAAAAAUCAUUUCCAGUUACUCAAAUGAUAUCUAUUUUACCCAAUUUUGUACAAGAUGAGGAAUUUGUUGACUGGAAGGAAGCUAGAUUAACUUGGAGUUUCUUUAAGCAGUCGUUCCUGAAACAAGUAUUAACAGAAGGUGAGAGAUAUGUGAUGACUUUCCUGAAUGUGUUAAAUUUUGGAGACCAGGGUGUUUAUGAUAUAGUGAAUAACCUCGGUUCUCUGACGGCUAGAUUUAUAUUUUUGCCUAUAGAAGAGAGUUUUUAUGUUUACUUUGCUAAGGUUCUGGAACGAGGGAAGGAUAUCAAGUUGCAAAAACAGGAUGAGAUCUCCAUGGCAGCAGCUGUAUUAGAAUCACUGUUGAAACUAGUGCUUCUGAUUGGCCUAACUAUUACAGUUUUUGGUUAUGCCUAUUCCCAGUUGGCGCUGGAUCUUUAUGGUGGUUCAAUGCUCAGUGUGGGAUCAGGUCCAAGUCUUCUGCGUUGCUAUAGUUUAUAUGUCUUGCUGCUUGCGGUUAAUGGGGUAACAGAAUGUUUUACAUUUGCUUCGAUGUGUAAAGAAGAAGUGGACAGGUACAAUUUUGUCAUGCUUGCUUUGUCUUUUGUAUUUUUGUGUAUGUCCUACUUCUUGACCUAUUGGCAAGGCAGCAUAGGAUUUAUCCUUGCAAACUGCUUCAACAUGGGCAUUCGAAUAACACACAGCAUCCACUACAUCUACAGAUAUUUUGGAGAAAGCCCUUAUAGACCUUUAAAUGGCCUGCUUAUUUCGCCGUUGCUGAUUGUUGUUUAUGUCAUCAGUGGAGUGACCACUGGUGUUUCAGAGGUAUUCCUGUGCUGUGAUAAAGGAUGGGUGGCAAGGUUAAUUCACAUUGCUGUGGGAGCACUAUGCUUUAUAGCAACACUUGCUACUAUAUUUUUCACAGAGGCCAGGCUGAUCCAUUUUGUUAGGACGCACAUUUUGUCAAAAUAUUCCAAAGAAGCACUAAAGUGAUAAUGUGCAGACUCACUUCCGGGGACUUUGGUUUGCUACAGAAGAUUUAUAUUUAUGUGGAAAAUGAAUGUACAGGAUAAAGAUGUCUGAUUCUAAUAUAUAUCUGAUUCUGUCAGUGAAACAUACAUGGCUGGCAACAAGGUGAUGUUUAGUUCAAAUUAAUUUAACCUGACAGGUUUGCUUCAAACUAUAAAUCUAUGCCAGGGGCAAGCAACUUGGUAGAUAGAAGGUUGUUUUGUAAUUAUCUCAUAAACUGGAGGUUACUGCUGAUUAAUAUAUUGAUGAAAAUAUUGUGCAUAAUCAUCAUGGGCACAAGCCAGUGGCUCAUGAAUAUUGUACAUUAAAUCUUAUAUUGACCUGCAAAAUAUAUAUGAGACUAAAGAUGCCCACCAGCUAAUUGCUGACUAAAACUGACAGCCGAUCAAAUGCUUGCUCCCAAAUUCACUUUCAAACCAAACAGAUUUAGAUAAGUAGUUUGUCAGAAAUUUCUUACAUCCAAACAAAAUUGUGUGUUGAAUUAUGACUCAUUUUGGAAGGGUUUCGCUGGACUGUCUUGUGUCUGAACCUUUUGGGUACAUAUUCGAAAUUUGCUCUCUAAAAUUCUUGCAGUCUAGACAACCUUCUCUGCCCCACCCCACACCUACGUAAAAGUACUUUUUGCAUCACAUACUGCAAGAGAGAAGUUCUUUAUUGUGUUUUAGCAAAUUGCCAUUAUACACAAACACA